GGCAGAGCGUGAGUGGCACUGACCGCAUGGACCUUGGUUCUGAGGACAAAGCUUGCUUAUUGGCGGUGCCUUCCUGGUUGAGGCACAGAGGGAGGGCCUCUUGGGUACAUCGAAGAGGCUUGAGAAGCUGGUCAGGGCAGCAAGUUGGCUUCAGAAGCUUGUUAGAGACCUGUGGAGCUUCCAAAGGCCUUCGGUGGCAUCUCUCGUCGAAUGCUUCUGAGCGAACUUGGCAAUCACGGAAUAAGAGGAUGGGAGUGCUUAAAAAACAAGCAGCAGAGUUGGAAUGAACUGGUACGACCACUGCUGGGGGAUGCAAGAAGCGGUUCUUCGCCUAAGAUCUGUAUUGCGGCCGAUGCCUUAUAACUGGCCCACGAGCCAUCUGGAAUUAGGAGAGAUCAAUGAGGUGGCCGUGUUUGCUGGUGGCACCGAAAUGGUUUACGAACCAAGAAUUUGGGAUCAUCUCGUGAAGUUGCAUGGUGUGAGAUUCGGGACAGACAAAAGGAAAGGACUCAUUACACAGCAUGCGAAUGAUGGGACUUUCUACCACAGGGAACGUGAUGGCCCCGACUUGGAUGCUUCGUGGACAAUUAGGCCGACCGUGCCUGCUAGUCAGGGUGGGCCAGUAUCAGGGAAAAGGGCGGCUGCCGCGAGGCGGCUCUUGGGUCUUGCUUGUGGCUUCCCAGAGGUAUCUGUCUGGCCACCGUGGGACACAGGGACACCAAAGGACAGAGAACGCCAUGUGACACGGACUGAGCUGGUCUGGAAUGGCCUCUGGAGAUGGAGGUGGGUGGCUGGAGCCCAUGUUCCAGGAGGGAGGCAAUUGCCCCAGGUCAGGUGCUCCAGCCCCUGCGCUGCGGGAAACCUCAGGUCCCCAGAGGGGGGGUGGCCGAUGUUUGCGGGGGCAGCUUUGACCAGGCCUUUGCAGAUUGGGAAGAGAGCGCUCUCCGGCCUCAGCCGGGUGACCAGUGGUCCCUAGGAUGCUCUUGCUGCCUCUCGGAAAGACCAUCAAGGUGAAGGGGAGACCCUCUGGCCCAAGGAGCCACAGAAGGAACGGCGGGCAAGAGGCUCGCUUUGCUUCCCUUCCAGUGAGGAGACACGCAGGACUUCGUUCCUGAAUUUCGCCCCUCCUCCUCUU